AUGUCAAAUUCUAGUUCCCGUUGGACAAAUGCAAGUCCAUUGCCUGACGGUCAGCAGAGGAGUAUAAAUGCCCCACGGGCAGAACCACGACAGACACCAGCCCAGUUUUCUACCGCUCCAUUUUCUCCGAUUAUAGCGAUGGCCCUCACACUUGCACCUAGCCAUUUUCUUGACUUGCCGCACCAUGUGCAGCCCGGUCCGGUGCUCGAUGGUGUUCUUCCCGAUACGAGCACCGUCGCUGCCCACGAUUUCGAUGUCGAUGUCAAUACUGGCUUCAUGCCCAAUGAAGGUCCACUAUUGCGCAUCCCCCGCGAGGUCUCGGUCGACAUGCAAACAUGGGAGGACCUCCUCUCUGAGGGCCUCUCACUUAAGAUGAAGCUCGGGGAUCAGCUCUCACAGUUUGGGCCAGAGGAGGCGAUCAAAAAUCAGUCCUGGCGUCUUAAAGUUCGCUCACUUCCUGUUUUGGAUCCUGCACCUUUGAUGACCGAUACGCUCCUCCUUCGACGUGGUCAUCAUGUUUUAGUCUUUUUGAUGCACAUGUACAUCCACUCAGCCCCUAUACCCAGUGAGCUUACACCACACGUCGUCCCUGCGUGUAUUGCUGUCCCUCUAUGCCGGAUUUCGUCUGAGCUUGGCAUUACACCCAUUCUCACAUACGCUGAUAAUGUCUUGUGGAAUUGGCAUCUUCCCGGUGGCCAACCCCAUGAACUCCCCACCGAACGUCGGGUUCGUUCCCACGCCCUCUUCUCUGGUACCUUGGAUGAGGAGCACUUUUACUUGACUUCGGCCAAGAUAGAGCUUCGCGGGGUCUCCGCACUGAGUGUCAUGCGCUCGACUCUAGAUGAGUUGUUUAUCGGUGAUGCGACUGCCGUACGGCGUAUUUCUUCCUACUUACACCGACUUUCAUCUAUCAUUGACGAGCUCACGCACCUCCUCCUCGACGUCCGGGAGGGAUGCGACCCUGCCAUUUUUUAUCACCAGGUGCGACCUUGGUUCCGGGGCGCGACCAGUGACAAGAGGGGCUGGGUAUUCGAGGGCGUCGAUGCCGAGCAAGCUGCCAAAGUCCCUGCUCUCUCUGGACCUAGUGCGGGUCAAAGCUCUCUUGUGCAUGCGCUUGACAUAUUUCUCGGUGUUGAUCACGAACGAGGCGAAGGACGAGGUGCUGAGCCGACCUUUUUGACCAAAAUGGAACGGUACAUGCCAUACCACCACCGCGCCUUCCUCCAAAACCUCCGUCGACCUCAACGUCACCUGCGUGAAUUUGUUAUAUCAACUCACGCAGCAUAUACAGUACACGCUCUAAGCGAUCGCGCUAUGCCGGACUUUGCUACCUCGUCCAUGGGUCUGGCGCCUCGCGCUAGUAUCUUCCAGACAGCUGCUGUUGGGGAAAGCGGGAUCAAAGCUGCAACAGAGCUCCGAAGUGCGUACGAUAGCGCUGUUGAAGCACUCAAGCGAUUCCGCGAUGGACACAUCAAGAUUGCGACGUUGUACAUCGUUAAUCAGGCCAGGUCUGCUGCCCAGACAUCCACCUCCAUCGCCCCCGAGCUCAAUACCAAGGGGGAGCUGACAACGGAUGGUAUCAAAGGCACCGGAGGAACAAGCCUUGUCCCGUUCUUGAAGGAGUGCCGCGACAACACAAUUAAAACGAUGGUACACCCACCUUCACCUUGCCCGUCACGGCGAUAG